CCACAGGCCACUUUGAGACUUUGGAGUCGAGGCGAUCGAAGCCAGGGCAAAGCCACACACAGCCGCUCGCUGCCCACUCCCCAGACUCAGAGACCCGCUCUAUAAAUUCGUCACCGCUCCCCUGCCUCCCUUCCCCACCUCUUCCAAAAUCCCAAACCAAGCUCCCCCAAAAAAUUUCCACAUCGCGCACCAAAUCCGACCACGAGAACUCGAGCUCCCUCGUGCGACGGCUCCGUCUCCGUCCAGGCGGCACCAUGGGCUUCUCGCCGUCCGUGAGCAAGCAGCAGGUGCUGGGCACCGGCGGCGAGGAGGAGGAGGUGAUGGAGCUCAUCCCGGGGCUGCCGGAGGAGGUGGCGGAGAAGUGCCUCCUCCACCUGCCCUUCCUCUACCACCGCCUCUUCCGCACCGUCUCCUCCAACUGGAACCGCUUCCUCACCGACAGCACUACGCCGGGCUCCAAGCCGCCGCCCUCCCCGCCGUCCUUCUCGCUGCCCUUCCUCUUCGCCUUCGCCUUCGACCCCGCCUCCCGCCGCCUCCAGUGCCAGGCGCUCGACCCCUACUCCCGCCGCUGGCUCCUCCUCCCGCCCGUCCCCCGCGGCGCCGCGGCGGCCGCGGCCGGGUCCUUCGCCGUGGUCGGGAUCCCAUCCCGCGGCGAAAUCUACGUGAUUGGGGGCGUCGUGGCGGAAGAAGAAGCAGGGGAGGAGAAGGCGGUGGGGAGCGUGGCCGUGUACAGCGCGGCGACGAACGGGUGGACCGAGGCGGCGGGGAUGCGGACGGCGAGAGGGUACAUGGCAGCAGGGGAGGUAGGAGGGCGAGUGGUUGUCGCCGGGGAAGACGGCGAGGCGGAGGUGUUCGACCCGGAGCAAGGCAUCUGGGCUCCCGCCGCGCAUCGCGGCGGCGCGGCCGUGGCGAGGUACGACGCGGCGGCUGCCGGGGGGAAGCUGUACGUGACGGAAGGCUGGGCGUGGCCGUUCGAGCGCGCGCCCCGGGGCGCGGUGUACGACGCGGCGGCGGACGAGUGGAAGGAGAUGGCCCGCGGGAUGCGGGAAGGGUGGACGGGUUCCUGCGCGGUCUCCGGCGGCCGGAUGUACAUCGUGGCGGAGUACGGCGAGUGGAGGAUGAAGCGGUACGACGAGGCGAGGGACGAGUGGCGGAUGGUGGCCGGCGGCGGGGUGCCGCAGGAGGUGCGCCGCCCGCACGUCGUCGCCGGCGAGGACUGCCGCGGCGGCGGCGGGAGGCGGAGGAUUUACGUGGUCGGCGCCGGGCUCGACGUCGCCGUCGGGACGGUCUACGGCGACCCCGGCGUCCUCGGCGGCGGCGCGGCGGAGGACGAGAGGGUGGAGUGGGAGGUGGUCAAGGGCCCCGCCGAGUUCGUCGGGCUCGCCCCCUGCAACGCCCAGGUCCUCUACGCCUGAAUUCUGACCCCACCUGUCGGUGGCACUUCACGUCAUCGGAGCUUUUCCCAGGGGCCCAUCCGUCGGCGGUGGCACGUCCCCUCGGAGCCACCUGUCAUCAGCAAGUUGACAAGCAGGCUCAUUGAAGGCUCUCAGAUCGCACGGGCGGCAGGCCUGCCACGCGGGCCCAAUCUGUCAGCCGUCGGAGCUGCUGAGCGGCUGUCCUUUCAGGUUCACUACCCCCAUGUCAGAGCAGGGCGUGCAGCAGAGCAGAGGAAGCGUGGAUGUAAAACAGAAAUGAUUACACCUACUAGUCCAGCUGCUAGGGGCAAAAGAGACUUUUCCGACUCCAUUUUUCUCCUCCUCCUCCUCUGGAGAUCUUUUCACGCACGUUCAUCAGCGACUUCUUAUUCGUAGGCUA